UUUGUUUUUCGCAAUGUUGAAUUUUGUUGUUGUAUUUGUAAUUAAAAGUGCAAGUAGUCAUCACGACCAUUUACAUUUGUGAAGGGGUUAUUAUUUCUCUAACAAAUAAUAUCCUAGUCUUGUGUAUGUUUUUGUACGUUCAAUACGCUAUCAAGUACCCAACAUCCUUAAUAUAAAUGGCUCGUUCGAUGUCACCGAAAAGGUCGCCAAAACAGUCCUCCCGUAGUCAGCGAUCACGGUCACAUUCCAGAAAUCAUUCACAUAGUCGGCAUUCUGACUCAGGAUCUAGAGGAGUGAAGGGGCACAAGAAGUCUGCACCAGGUUCUGACACGAAGAACAGGUCAGGCAGUAGAAAGCAUGGAAGAUCAUCCCGUUCAGCAUCGCACUCCCGUCGUUAUUCAUCGAGGUCUUUGAUGAGAAGCAAGAGUAGGUCUGCUUCCCCUCGAAGACGUGAGCAUCGUUCUCGCUCUCCUGCAAUGAAGAGGCGUGAGUCUAAUUCACCGCACCGUCGCAGGAAGGCCUCACCCGGAGGUGCAUCCCCAAUGCAUUCAGGUUCACACACACAAAUGAACGUAACUUCAAGAUCUGACAGUCACAAAUUAGCCAAAACACACCAGCGCAGAUCCAGUAUUUCAAAGUCUCCUAAAAACACUGCCUCUGAAUCACCUUCAAGAGAAUGGAAGAAGAAAGUCGAUAUUCGCAGAGAAUAUCAUAGAUCACGCUCUCGGUCCAACUCUCUGCCUAUCGAUAAGUUUGUUUCCCAGAGAAAAUCUCCAUCUCCAGAUGGGGCUGGCAAGUGGGCCUCAAGAUCACAUAAUAGGCGGCCAAGAAACUCAUCACCAUCCAUAACAAAAGGCCAUCGCUCUAGGUCUUAUGAGAGAGGUUCAAAAUGGAGGGUUGGUGCAAGGAGUAGGUCAGGAUCACCUCGUCCGCAGAAGAGCGCACGUGCCUCUUCACCUAUUAGCAUAUACAAGGAGUUAGCAAACAAGUCGGCCACUGUUGAAGAUCGCCACUAUGCGAAGAAGACCUUUGAGCCACCAGAAAACUUCACCAUUAAGAUCACGCGAGUCAAAGAGCCGAGUUCACCACAGACGAAGUCAAUAGAGAUCGACCGCGUGUACCUGCCUCGGAAGAAGGGUGAAGGUGUGAAGCCUCUCUUUGAACGACAGGAGCUGAGAAGCAUCGCACAUUUAGACUUUACCGACCGCGAUACAAAACAGGAGAGCAAGAAAGUCAUAAGUGUUAGCAGCAGAGGCGAUGGUACUCAGUAUAAGCCGAUAGGCUCCUCUGAGAUGCACAUGACGGGCACGCUGCUGAGUAACCGAUGGAAGGCAAUGAUGGCACAUGCGCAGGAUGAUAACCGAGUUGUUGACGUGGUUGCACCAAAAGCUAUGGCAAGGAGCCGGUCGCGCUCCCCGAUUUCCAAGACCGUGUUCCACGUCAGCACCCGCUACCCCGACAAGAGCCAGGAACCCAGGGGUACGGCUUACAGACGCCAGCCAAGUGGCAAGCAUCUAACGACUGGAGACUUGCGUCACAGCCUGCAGGGGAGACGAGAGGAUAUGCGGGGCGGGGACGACAGGUCACGGCCGAAGCGUGGCAGCGGAGAAGAUCUGCGGCUUAACAUAGAGGAGAGGAGGGCGAAAAGGCACAUGGAUGAUAAUGAUUAUGAGAUGGGACGGAGCCGAGGCAGAGAGGGUCAGGACAGGCGAAUCAGCAGUACCACAUCUCCAGCACAGAGCAGAGAUGCAAGGCUGCAUCAGCCUGAAAGGAGGCCAGAGAGACCAUGGAGAGGAAGGGAUAUGCCACAGAGAUUACCAGACUUCAGCAGAAGGCCAGAUAAAGGACAAUUUGAAGUUCCAGAAUGGGUUCAGAAUCCAGAAAUGAUACCAAAAGGAGGGUACUAUUAUGAGCAUGAUGACCGGGAUGUGGCGGGACCAGAGGGAAUGUCAGGCAUGUUCGGCAGUGACUGGAGCCGUGGUAGAGGCUCAAGGUUUUUCAGAGGCUCCACUUACCGAGGCAGAUUCGGAGGAGCACCGCGAGGAGGUUAUCGCGGUAACUUCCGUGGAAGAGGAGGCUUCAGAGGGCGAGGUGGUCCAUCUUUCUUCCGUGAAAAGAGCGUGGAGCGAGAAUGGAAACACGAUAAAUAUUUGGAUACAGAAACGGAAGAUACAGGUGAGAAACCUACCAGUACGACUUAAUAUGCGGUAAGCACAGACACACCCACAACAGCAGCAUAGACAGCAGUAUUUGAUAUACAAGUGUUUCUCCACAGUAGUUGACAGCUUCCUCCAUCAUAGUCCUCAGUUUUACUUGUGGCUAAUACCCUGGGGCCGGUUUCACGAAGCGUAAUUAACUUUAAUUAUAAUUAAAUCACUAAUCAUGAUUAACCUCCCAUAA